AUGAUGAGCCGCCAGCUGUUGCGGACGGCGCGUGGCGGCGAGCUGAGCGACGACGAGGAAGAGGUGGACGGCAUCGCGGCAAUCCCGAAAAUUCGACGAGUGCCGGAGCAGGAGCAGCGGAUGCUAGCGGCGGUGGACAUGGGCACCAACUCGUUCCACAUGGUCGUCGUUAAAGCCGACAACAAGGGGCGCUUCGAGAUCGAGGACGUGGAGAAGGAGGACGUGCGCCUCGGCAGCGGCAGUUCCGGGUUCGCUGUGAUCACCCCCGAGGCGGAGGAGCGCGCGCUGGCGGCCGUGCGACGGCUGAAGCAGAUCGCGAAAACGCGUGGCGCGGCGAUGCGCGUCGUUGCCACGUCAGCAGUGCGCGAGGCGCGCAACCGACGGUCGUUCGUGCGCCGCGUGCUGGACACCACCGGGAUCGACGUGGAGGUGCUAUCCGGCCAGGAAGAAGCCUGCCUUAUCUACCUCGGUAUUCUCCAGGCCCUCCCAGUGUAUCACAAGACGGUGCUCACGGUCGACAUUGGAGGCGGGUCAACGGAAUUUGUGAUUGGUCGGGAGGGCAAGCCGCUCUUUGCCACGUCACUCAAGCUGGGCCACAUUCGCCUCACCGAGAAGUUUGCAUCGGGUGGGCUGUCCAAGAGUCAGCAGAUUCUGGAGAUGCGGCGAUACGUGCGCGUGCUGCUGGCCGACUCGGGCGUGCUGGAGGUGGUGAAAGGCACCAGCAGCGGCAGCAGCAGCAGUGGGAGCGGGAGCAAUGGCUCCUUGGUAGCAGCCGGGGCGCAGAGCGGGAGGAGCAGCGGUGGCGGUGGGAAAGGAGGAGGGGGAGGAGGGGGACUCAGUGGAGUCAUGCAGAAUCAAGAGGCUGUUCUGCGGCGCCUGGCCGACCUGAAGGACCGUGAAUUCACCCUGGAAGAGCUCUCCGCCGUGGUUAAGAAGAUCUGCAAGGCAAAAACCCCGGACGCGCGCGCGAAGCUGCCCGGGCUGCCCGAGAAGCGCGCGGACGUGAUCCUGGGCGGCGCGAUUCUCCUGGAGGAGAUCUUUUUGGCCAUGGGGAUUGAAAAGAUGCGCGUGUCUCCGUAUGCUCUGAGGGAGGGCGUGAUUGUGGACACUCUGUCUCGCACCUUCACGGACUUCAGCAUCACUCCUGACUUGCGGAGGAGCUCGGUGCUGAAGAUGGCCGGGAAGUUUAAUACUGGGCUGCGAAAGGAGUCGGCUAAGCACUGCGCGCGCCUGGCCCAGGCGCAUAAAUCAGCGCUGAGGGAGGGCGUGAUUGUGGACGUUAUGUCUCUGUCUCGCCGUCUCCCCCUCUCACCUUCACUGACUCUUCCCCCCCCCCGGUCCCCCCCUCCCCGUCUCCCCUUCCCGUCUCCCCCUCCCCGUCUCUCCCCACUUGGUAAUUCUUCCUCUCUGCAGCAAAUCCUGCAAAUCCUGGCAGGUAUGCAGACGUGCAAGAUGGGCGGCUCAGAUUGCGUGUCGCCGAUGAUGGCUCUUUUGGACGGCAACGAUUUCGAGGUGCUGGAGGCGGCCACAGUGCUGCACUAUGUGGGCAUGUUCAUCUCCCACAAGGGCUACCACAAGCACUCGUACUACUUGAUUAAGCUCUUCCCCACCCUUCCUCUGCUCGCCGCCCUUCUGACCCCCACCCUUCCUCUGCUCGCCGCCCGUCCGACCCGCACAACCCCUCCUCCCCUUCCGCCCCUCCGCCCUUCACCGUUCCGCAGAACCCCAGCAUUCGGAGCAGCUGCUGGGGUACUCACCCAUGGAAGUCGAGAGCAGCUGCUGGGGUACUCACCCAUGGAAGUCGAGAUGAUUGCCCUGCUAGUACGCCACCACCGCAAGCGCCCACCCUCCACCAAGGACGAGGACUUUGCCAAGCUGCCCCCCGUGGUGCAGCAGAAGAUCCGAGCCCUCUGCGCCAUCAUGCGCAUCGCUGUAGCCCUUGAUCGCUGCUACACGGGCGCUGCUGCGAGCGUGCUCGUGCUGCAGGACGACGACUCUUGUGUGCUGGCGGUGACCCCAGCAGUGGAUCCCCUCACAGGGGCGGCGCAGGACGUGUCUCUGGAGAUGUGGAUUGGGCUGCACACCACACCACCGCUCUCCACACUCACCUCUCCCCCGCUAUUCCUUCCCACCGCCCUCCACCCCUCCCAACACCUUCAGGCGGUGACCCCGGCAGUGGAUCCCCUCACAGGGGCGGCACAGGACGUGUCUCUGGAGAUGUGGGCGGCACGGGGCGAGCUUGAGUACUUCCACAAGAUAUUGAAGAAGGCGCAGUCCAUUGCCAUUGCGGAUGACCUUGACGCGGACCCGCUCCUCGCAGAGCCCGCUAAGAGAGGAGCCUUUCCAGUCGGCUCAAAAGUUCCCCCCGUUCUCCCUCCUGCUACCCACGCUCUGCAGAUAUUUAAGAAGGCACCGUCCAUAGUCAUUGCGGAUGACCUUGACACCGACCUGCUGCUGGCAGAGCAGUCCAGGAGCCUCAGCUCUUAA